UGUUUUAAUGAAUAUACAUGCAUGCUUAACAUAUAGAUUCCUUUUUUUCAUGAAGACAAGAAUAUAAGUUGGUGUAUUACCUGAUUCUGAUGACUUGCAUUGAUUGGAAUCAGACAGCAGUGCUGAUAAUGUCCAAAUUUUCAAUUGGAGGAGAAAAAAAGUUCCUCCUGAAAGUGGUUGGUUUUUGGCAUCUUAUUUGUCCAGCUUCCAUAUUUCAUUUUUAUACACUUUACAAGAAAUACAUUGGCGGCAAACUCCGUAGCUUGCUAGCUUUUUUGCGCUGGCUUUCGGAGACUCUUAUUUUGUUAGCGCAGGCGCAACGGAGCAGCACUUUUAUUGUGAAGACAGGAACUGUGCGGUCAGUCUUUAGGCUUUUGACGGGCGGUACGGUUGAAAUAAAAAAGUGUAUUUUUUCCUUCACACUGAGCUGGCAGCAGCCAACAUCAUAUCACAAGAUCCUCGGGCGCCUUGAAUUUCAAUCAAGUGACGAAAGUGACGUAGUGAAGAUUUAUGAUCACUCAUUUUUAGGUCUUUUUUUUUUCAUGCCUGGCUGGCGGUCGGCUGACACAUGCUCCACGAUCGACCGGUAGCUCGCGAUCGACGUAAUGGGCACCGCUGUGUAUUGUAAGUAUAUACUGCUAAAUUGUUCACAAUUAAGUAUUUUUAUAAACACUUUUUGUUUGCCUAAAAUCCUUGUUCUGUUUUAUUCUGAUCAUUGUCAUGAUCAACAAAUUUAAAGGCAAAAUAAUUGAGAUUUCAAGUAAAAAGUGAAACGGUAUCAGCAAUACUGGCCCUGUGUUAACUUAUCGAAUCGAUACCAAAAUUUGCAGUAUCGUCCGCUCUUGCAAACAGUAAACCAAGCGAGGAAUCUUGUGACAUAAGACCAUCAGAUAGGACACACCCUGCUUGCCUUUGCGAUAGCACGCAGUGCGGUGACAAAACUGCUAUGUCGGGCUUGUCAAAGAGAGAGAGAGAGAGGGGGGAGAAUGCUGAGUCAGUGAACAUACCAUGAAAGCCCAGGGAGAGGGUGCCAGAGGGUAAACGCCAGGGCGAGAGGGUAGAGAAAGGUUACACUCAGGGAAGAUGGAUGUCCUUUUGCCUGGGCUGUCCCGGGUGGCCGUUUGCGGCGGUACCCAUGGUAACGAGCUUUCUGGAGUGUACCUAGUGAGGGAGAUGCUGAGGAUGGAAAAAGGAGACGAAGACAUGUCGACACAGAAGCUGCUAUCCAACCCGCGGGCUGCCGAGCUAUGCUGCCGCUACCUGGACGUCGAUCUUAACCGCUGCUUCACCCACGCCGCCCUGAACGGUCCCUUACCUGAUCCAGCUCCCUAUGAAAUGGUUCGAGCCCGAGAGCUGAACGCCAUGCUCGGCCCAAAAGGUAGUCCGCGAGCUGUGGAUCUGGUUUGUGAUCUACACAACACAACGUCUAACAUGGGCCUGUGUCUUAUUGCCUUCUCCGACUGUGACUGGAUCAGCCUGCAUAUAUACCACUACCUACAGAGAGAGAUGCGAUAUAUUCCAGUGAGGUACGUUCAUUUCGAUGUCUCAGACAAGGAUUCCUAUUCCCUGGAUUCAGUUGGAAAACAUGGUUUUGCUUUAGAGAUCGGGCCUCAACCACACGGCUUGGUGAGGUCUAACAUCUACUCAGCCAUGAAAGAAGGUCUCCAGCACAUUCUCAACUGGGUGCGGCUCUUCAACUCAGGUGUUGUUUUCAAUGGCGGAUCGGUGGAUGUGUUCACCACGGUUGGACACGUGGACUAUCCAAGAGAUGAGGACACGCACAACAUCACCGCAGCCAUUCAUCCUCAACUCCAGGACAGAGACUUCUGCCUCCUUCAUCCUGGAGACCCCCUCUUCCAGACGUUCUCAGGCCAAACUGUGAGCUACAAAGGCAGCAAAGCUCUUCACCCGUUCUUUAUCAACGAAUGUGCUUAUUAUGAAAAGGGUGUCGCUCUCUACCUCGCAACCAAGCGCACUUUCACCAUCCCAGCGGUCCGGGUACACAAAGAAGACCAUCAAGAUGUGAGAUUCCCAUCUGAAGAAGAGGAAGAAUGAUGCCUGUAAAUAAUCCCAAUAAUAGAAAAAUAAAGCUUUCCUUUUAUGUAGCCUAGCAUGACGACUUCUUGCUGCACUCAUUCUUCUCUCGGAAAAAAAAUACAAAUAAACACGCAU